CAGCAUCCAUCUCUUUGCUGGAUACACUUCCACCUGCUUCCGCACUCUACAAGAAAUGAUCAUGUCAACUCGUCCGUCCGUUUUAUUCCUCCUGUUGGUUGUCAUGUCAUCGGCCGUGACUGCUCGCGUGUGGAAUUCGGCCGGAUUCGUUCGCUGGGCGCCGAAAUGCAAUUUCGUCGGCUACGACAUUGGGCGAGUGCAAGUGCCGGCGAUCGAAUGCGGGAAAGAAUGUCUCAACAAUCGGCUGUGCACUCACUUCACCAACACGUUGCACACUUGCUACCUGAAGAGAAACGUCAACGGAUGGACGGAAUGGAGCUCGUCCAACACGGAUUGCGGAUUCGUUCUCGGCCGCAGCCUCCAAUCCACCAGCAUCGUCAGGGAAAUGAUUGGUGAAAGGGUCGCAGCUGUUUAAUCAUGUGAAAACUUGAUUAUCCUCUCACCUUUAUGUAAUAGGAUAUAGCACAUGUUUAUUUAAUUUGACAAAUAAUAAAAAUCUAUUUCUGAUGAACAGAGACUACGUUUGAAAUAUCAAAAUGUCAAUCACUCCGCACCUUAUUAUUUAUUUGCGGAUUUACCUUUUAUUUUUUUUAUUUUUUUUUUAAAUAUUGAUGUGCCUUUAAUCAUGGUCCAUUUCUUUAAUUAAUUCGUGAUUUUUUAAAAACAUAAAAGAAAAAA